AUGGAUAAAGAACAGAAAAAAAGGAUUACUUCAAACAUCACUUUCCUAAAAGAGAGGUUGGGUUACCUAGACCCGAUUCUUGACCAUCUAGUGGACAAGAAUGUGAUCACAUUUGAUGAACGUGAACGAAUAGACAAAGUGAACCCACCAACACCCCAUAAGAAGUUCAAUGAGUUUAUCCAGUUACUUCUGGCUUCAACUGAACCUCAUGCCUUCACAGCCUUCAUACAGAGUCUGGAGGAAGAACGAUUCUUCAAUAUUGUGGAAAAACUUUGCAAGGAUGGUCGGCCUAACGCGAGGGCAUCUUCGUCAAUGGUCAGGGAGAGCGCACUGGCACAACAACUACGUCCAUCAACCAGCAUGGCACCUAGACGGGAACACACAGUCCAUGCCACAAAUGGUGUCUUCCACAUGUCAUCAGAGGCUUCUGUGACUAAGAUGAUGGGGACACAUUCAGCAGAGCAUCAACAACCACAACAACAGCAGUCCCCACAUGUGAUAAAGGAGGCUUCGGGUGGACAUUACGAUAGUGGAUUCAAUGGCAGUGCAAGGGUCCAAACUCCAGUUUCUGAAAGAGUAAAUCACAUGAACAUGGAUAGGAUGACCACAGCUAUUGGUCAGAUGUUUGCUGAAUUCAGCGGCAAGGUGACAAAUGACCUCCUUGAUGGAUUCGAAAGACGUCGCCACGAAGAGAGAAUGGAAAUAGAAUUGUCAAUGGAGAGAAAAAUUGCUCAAGAAAUUGAGAGGAAAAUGGACGAAAAAUUGAAUAAUUUUCGUGGCGACUGGGAAGAACAAAAGGCGCAACUGGUUGACAGGAAUGAGAAGGCUUUGUUUUCCUUACAAGACAGCGUAGAGCAGCUGCGAAACUCCUCUGACGCUUAUAAUCAGCUGAAGCAGAAGUACGAUCAGCUGCAACAAACUCAUGCACAGAUGAGGGACAAGGAGAACGAAAGAUGGUCCAAACUCUCGACAACAAACAAGGAAAACACACAGUUGAAGAGUGAACUAGAAAUGUCAAAUAUCGAGAUUCUGAAUCUGAGAGAACGUGUAGAUGAACUGGAAUCAGACAACCGUGCUUUGAAAGACAAUGAGCUUGCAGAUCAACACCGAAUUAACCAAAUGGUUGCUGAGAAGGAGGAUCUGAUAAUAGAGCUGGAAAGAGCAGAGCGGGAGAAGAUGGAUCUCAAAAUGAGGGUGGACUCAUUAUCUCGUGAAAUUGAGCGACUACUUUUGCAGCAACAGGAGCGGGCCAAUAAAGAUGAUAAGGCUUACCAGGAAGCACUGAAGAAGCAAAACGAGAGGCUUGACGAACUGUACAAGGUCGUACAGGCACUUACUGAACGAGAAAGGCAGUCCAAGACGCUGUUCAUCGGUGGGAAUGCUGUGCAGAAAUCUGCACGCAUGGCAAGACCCAACAAAUAA